UACUGACAAACGCUCUACAUACAUGCAAUUUUAAGUAUCAGCAAAAUGUUUUAACCAAAGAUUGUUUUAACCAGUUUCUCCUUUAAAUAGUUAAGAAAAAGUAAAUGGAUUUGUACUGUUGAUUUCCAAAUCAGUACCUGGAUGAGCUUGUUGGAACAUGCGCAUUUCUUGAUCUUAGAGAAAUUUUGAUUCCUUAGGUUGCUCACAGGCCCCGGGAAUCUGCAUUUCUAAGUAGUGGUGCAGGAGAUUCUUAACGCAGGUGCUCUGUGGAUACUUUGAGAAGUACAAUAGCAGCACCUCCAUGGUGUUUAAUUACCUGGCUUCAAAGGAUGGGAACUGAGUAGUCAUAAUACCGCAAGGUAGUGAUAGUUAUUUACUUUGCUAGUGCCAUAUAAAGAGGUUUCAUGUCAGACUGCAGGUAGGUCACUGUGGAUAUUUCAGAUUAUAACUCAGUCACAUUUUUCUCAUUAAAAAAGUCAGGACUGUUGUAGUUCUGUGUGGUGUCAUUAUAAGCUUUGUGAGUAUAUGGGCAGGAGAAAGGAAUCAAAAAUACUAAAGUAUUACAUUAAGAAUACUUUGCCUUCAGACAUGGUUAUAUUAUCACAUACCUGUUACAUGGUCAGCUCUCAGAAAUAACAUGUGGCAGAGUUCAUAAAAUUGAGCAAAGAAGAAAAUUUAGAGAACUUUGUAGCUCUUCAGCUUAAGUCUUCUUAAUAUGAUUUUACUUGGUUUAAAUAUUCUAGAAUGCUCCAAUUCAUAAUUAUGAAUAGUGAAUUAUAAAGUAUAAAUAUAUUCCUAAAAUUUAAGUCUCACAACAAAUGAUCUGGAGGGUUAUCCCCUACUUUAGAUUGUGUGAGCCAUAUUAAUCAUCUUUAUACUGUGGCAGAGUUGAUACUAUUAUAUAUAUUGGUGGCCAUUUUUAAAAUGAUUAUUAAAACUACUUCCAGUUAUUUUAUGGCAGACUUGGGAGUAGAAGGUUAAGAGACACAUGCUGGGGUAGCCUGGGAAGGAAGUAAUCUGCUAAAGAGGAGGCUCUCCUGGGUUGGGGGUGACUGAGUUAGGAUUCAUCUCUAAGUGAUAGGAGGAGAGACAAGCCCAGGCAAGCAGGCAGGCAUAAAAGAAUUCCAUGGAAUCCAAGGAGUAUGUGGCAAUCAGCAUGAUACACUUAUCUGUAAGAGUGAGAUGAGCCAUACCCCUUCUGUUUCUUCAGUCUUCCCUGACAGCCCUGGAUUCUCCAUGGAAUCCUGAGAACACAGCUUGGAAACUGCUUAGUGUACAGGAAAAAUAAUGGCUUUGCAGCCAGCUGACCUGUGUUUGUCUUCAAAUUCUGGUACUAUUAGAUGACUUUGGGCAUUUUAACCUCUCUCUAUCCAGUUUCUUUAUCUGUCACAAAGGUAGUGCAGUAAUAACCUACCUCAUCCUGUGUGGGGUUUGAAUGUGAUAACAUAUGCCAAUCAUAUGGCACAUAUUAAGUCUUUAGGACUAGAAAAGGUACAGGAGAACGAGGCAGAAGUUAGAACUAGGAAUAAGAGUUUUAGUUUUAGGGGAUUAAAGCCAGUUGUUAGAGCUUGAUGCUGAAUUAUCGAAAACUUAAACUUAAGUCCCUUCCAAUGAAGGACCAGAUUAAUCUUGGUACUGAGGUUGAAUCUGUAGUUGAGUUGAGCCAAAUGGUCUUAGGUGUAAAGAUUAAGAAAUCUACAGGGUUGCAUGACCCCAAGCAGUUCCUUGUCACAUUUUUUAGGCCCAUUUACAGUCAUAAUGGUGGUAGGUGUAAUUGCUGUGUGAUUUACUAUCUCACCUGAGACUUUCCACAACACCAAAAUAAGCAGUUUGAGAAAAGUUGAAGGUUAGGUUAUGUGUAGAUUCAACCAGGUCAUAUGUGCUAGAGUCACAAUUGAAAACUACAUACAGGUCGCUUUGCAGUAUGUUUACUAUAGGUGGUUUUUUUGUUUGUUUUUUGUUUUUGUUUUUUUUAGUGUCAGGGUUAAAAGCUUGGGUCCCACAGUCAGAUUGAGUUCCAAUCCCGACUCUACCUUUACUGGUAGUGUGUUUUUGAGUAAGGUUCUUAACCUCUUGUGUAUGUCAGUUUCCUUGUCUGUAAAAUAGUAAGAAUAUUAAUGGUUCAGACAUAAGACGAUUGUGAAGAUUAAAUGAGUUAAUACAUAAAGUGCUUUGGAUGCUGCUUGGCAUAAACAAGGCAAUAAAUGUUACCUAUUAUUUUUGUUGUGUAUGUUUUGUAUGUUGUCUCUACAGCAGAAUUAUAAAUUGCUUGAGGGCCAGGAUACCUGCUUUUUAUCCCUAGAGCCUAAAUUGACACCAUUCACUAAAAUAAAAGUGUUUAAAAAUAGAAAAAAGAUAUAUGUACUUACUGGGCUCUAACUGCCAUACAUUUGUCAUGAUGGCAUUUAUAUCUAAAUUACCAUCUUGGAUUGACUUCUCUUUUGUCCUUAGCUGCUAAACUUCUGAAUCCCUCCCUCCCUCUCUCUUUUUUAAAUUCACCACUUAGGGGCGCGUGGAUGGCUCAGUUGGUUCAGCGUCUGACUCUUGGUUUUGGCUCAGGUCACGAUCUCAGAGUCGUGAGAUCGAGCCCCACGUUGGGAUUCUCUCUCUCCCUCCCCCGCUUAUGCUCACUCAUGCUCACUCUUGCUCUCCCUCUUUCUAAAAUAAAUAAAUAAAUAAAAUCCUUAAAAAAAAUGAUCACUUAGUGUUGCAGAUUCCAGUGCUUCCUGAUACCUGCCCCUUCUCUCUUCCCCAGGUCUCCUCUGGGUCUCCGUCUCCUCCCUCCCUCCUACCUGGUCCCCAUGGUGAGACCAGAGGUUUUCAGGAUGAGCAGAGGUUGGGUGAAGUCCUGCUGUUCUCCCAGCCCUGAUUUUGUUCUCAGGGACAGCUUUUUCGUGUCCUGCCUCUUCCCAGCUGGUUGUGACAAAAUGCAUGGGAGACUGUGGUUGGAGUGUGCCCCUGGAACAGAAAUGCAUUGCUUGUGAGCUCAAAGAGUUAGCAUUACAGGCCCUUGCCUUUUGAUUCUUACUUUCCCUCACAGAGGCUGAUACCUUUUAUUACUCAUUUAAAAAAGUAUUAACUACAUCAAACAUAUAGAAAAGUCCAGAGAAUAACAUUCACCAGGUACCCAGAUCUAAAAUAUAUUAACGUUUUGCUACAUUUGCCUCAGUUUUUUUUUUUUUUUAAGAUACUUGACAGAGUUGGAACCCAUUCUUGUCCUCAUCCUCUUCCUGUCCUUCCAUCAGCAGAAGCAAGCACCAAAUGGAAGUUGAUGUGUAUCCUUUCUGCUCAUGUGUUUGAUUUUUUUAUUUUACAUGUAUUUAAACAAUGGUACAGAGCACUAAAAGAGAAUUGACUGCUUUCGAAAUGUUAUUGCUCAGUAACAUAUCAGUAACAUUUGUACAUAAAGAUGUAAUAUGCACCAAUUUGUAGAGUUUCCCUUAUGACACUUCAUUUUGUAUGUUGGGGGUCUGCUAAACUUGGUUGUAUUGCUGCCGUGCAAAGGUCUGGCAGCGUACCAGUCAGUGAACACAUACCAAGUUGUCAAAGCAUUACCAUUGGUACAGUGAGAUGGAACAGAAAGGAUGCAUCCUAGAAGAGCACAAGGUAAUCACGUCGGCAGAGGAAGUAGGCAGGCAAAUUUGUGUCCCUCUUUAGAAAAGUCCCAGGAUGUGGAGAUGAAGGAAGGCAUCCCUCAGAGUACCAUCUGUUGCAUUCUCUGAAAAGGGAGAAUAAAACUUUAUUGCUUUAUCCUGCUUAAAGCCCUCAUAUAGAGACUGUUAAAAUGACACAAGUUUUGCUGCAGGGUCCUAGGGAAGUGCAAAUAGCUGCCAGUAGUGAUGAGGCUGUUUUACCUGAAGUGGCAAAAUGAUUCUUUUUUUUUUUUUUUUAAGAUUUUAUUUAUUUAUUUGAGACAGAAUGAGAGAGACAGAGAGCACAUGAGAGGGGGGAGGGUCAGAGGGAGGAGCAGACUCCCCGCAGAGCAGGGAGCCCGAUGCGGGACUCGAUCCCGGGACUCCAGGAUCAUGACCUGAGCCGAAGGCAGUCGCUUAAUCAACUGAGCCACCCAGGCACCCGGCAAAAUGAUUCUUAAUCUCCAUAAAUGGGGCACUGAAAACCAACAUUUCACAAUUAAACUUGUAAGGGGUUUGCUGAAAGUAAAUAUCUUCAGUGCCAUAUGAAGCACAUGGGUCUUUAUCAGUUCCUUUUUGCAAAAGAUACCAUCAAAGGGAUCUUUUUGGACAUGAUUAUGGAACGGUUUUUCCUACAGUUGCAAAACGUCUCCAGCGUUCCCAUUUUCCAUCAGGAUGAGGCUCUGCCUCACUUCCAUUAAUCAGUCCAGGGGUUCCUAAUGCACACAUUUCCUCGUAUGGAUUGGACACUGCUCAAAAGGUUGACCUGCUUCAGGAAUAGUGGCCUCAAGAUCUCCCAGCUGCCCCACCAUGUGACUUCUUGUGAGGAUGUGUCAAGAACCUCCGUGUUUAUACCACUUCUUCCCUGUAGCCUUGAGGGAAUACCAUUUCAGCUAUGAACAGUGAUAUGUUACAAAGGGCCUGAAUGGAAUGGGCUGCAGGAAUGUGUGCCUCCUGACAAGAAAGUCACUGUAGAAAUGCCUUGUUUCCUGGGUCGGGAAGCAUGAGUCUGUUGGGACUUGGGAUAAGAAGAAAACAAGACAUCUGCACAAGAAAAACCAGACACUAACAAAAGGUAUCCCAAAGUCUGAAGAGCUAGAACACAAACAUGGCCGACAGAGGACUUAGGGAUCCUGCAGAGGCCUCUCAAAAGGAUUUGGAAAAUGACCCAUCAGUAAGUUCUCAGGCACAGGACACCUCAGUCCCAGCAAGUACCACUGAAGAAGCUCAGACCCCAGACCCCGCCUCUGGUCUUAACAAAGUCCACCAAGAGGUAGAAACAGUAGUUCCAGGAAGUGCAGACACAGACGAUCAAUCAGAAAGUCCAGAUGGGACAGAUUAUGGGAACUAUCCAAAGGACAAAACAGAACAUGAGAACAACCAGAGUUUUCAGGAAGAACAGAACCCACCAGAACCCACCUGUUCUCCAAGUGGCAGGGUAGGAAGAGAAGAUGCACUCUUAAGGAGCAGCUCUGCAGCCCUGCCUGAGGAAGUGAGCAGCGGACGUGGAGUUUCACCCGAGCCACCUGCCACAGACUCUCAGGAUGCUCAGAGCCCUGAGCACCCCCCCGCAGUGCUGGAGAGCCAGGAUACCGUGAGGAGGCGACUGCUGGCACCAGCCUCUCAAAAGGAUUUGGAAAAUGACCCAUCAGUAAGUUCUCAGGCACAGGACACCUCAGUCCCAGCAAGUACCACUGAAGAAGCUCAGACCCCAGACCCCGCCUCUGGUCUUAACAAAGUCCACCAAGAGGUAGAAACAGUAGUUCCAGGAAGUGCAGACACAGACGAUCAAUCAGAAAGUCCAGAUGGGACAGAUUAUGGGAACUAUCCAAAGGACAAAACAGAACAUGAGAACAACCAGAGUUUUCAGGAAGAACAGAACCCACCAGAACCCACCUGUUCUCCAAGUGGCAGGGUAGGAAGAGAAGAUGCACUCUUAAGGAGCGGCUCUGCAGCCCUGCCUGAGGAAGUGAGCAGCGGACCUGGAGUUUCACCCGAGCCACCUGCCGCAGACUCUCAGGAUGCCCAGAGCCCUGAGCACCCCCCCCCAGUGCUGGAGAGCCAGGAUACCGUGAGGAGGCGACUGCUGGCACCAGAGGCUGAAAGUCAUCAGCAAGAAACACAGGAGUUGGAAGAAAACAAAGAGAAUGCACUUGAUACCAUAAGAAAGACGAUUGAAAAGAAUAUUUUGACUUAUGGCUCCAUCUUUCUUGUCUUCCUGGUUCUGACUAUUAUUUCGGUAAGUUGUGUUAAUAGCUACUAUUCCUCUCCAGCCCAGCAAGUGCCCAAAAAUCCAGCUUUGGAGGCCUUUUUGGCUCAGUUCAGCCAAUUGAAGGAUAAAUUCCCAGGCCAGAGUUCCUUCUUGUGGCAGAGAGGACGUAAAUUUCUCCAGAGGCACCUCAAUGCUUCAAACCCCACCGAGCCGGCCACCAUCAUAUUUACAGCAGCUCAAGAGGGAAGAGAGACCCUGAAGUGCCUGAGUCACCUCGUUGCGGAUGCCUACACCUCCUCCCAGAAAGUCUCCGCCAUUCAGAUUGAUGGGGCUGGAAGAACCCUGGAGGACAGUGACACGGUCAAGCGCUUGGUUGACGUGCAGCUGAGCUCGGGAUUCGAGAAUGGCCAGAAGGCUGCUGUGAUACACCACUUUGAAUCCCUUCCUGCGGGCUCUACCUUGAUCUUCUACAAGUAUUGUGACCACGAGAAUGCCGCCUUCAAGGACGUGGCCCUGGUCCUGACUGUUCUCCUGGAGGAGGAGACAUUAGAAGCAAGUGUUGGCCCAAGGGAAACUGAGGAAAAAGUGAGAGAUUUACUCUGGGCCAGGUUUACCAACUCUGACACUCCCCGCUCCUUCAACCGCAUGGACUCGGACAAACUGAGUGGGCUCUGGAGCCGCAUUUCACACCUGGUGCUGCCCGUCCAGCCUGUGAGGAACAUAGAGGAACAGGGAAAAACUCAACAUUCUGCAUUAAGAUGAAUUGCUUCUUGAGUGAUACCAGACUUCUAGAAGAAACUGGUGUAGAAUCAGAAACUGUCUCUGGACUUUGGAGGUUUUUCUCCUGUGAGGUAAAUUUAAGUUUCCCAGUUCGUUUUCAAGGGUUGGCAGAGAAGUUCCAGGGACUUCCUAUCACUGAAGGUGGUAAUGUUAUUGUUUCUAUUUGUAUUUUUUAAAUUAAUAAAAUAGUUUAAACGUA